UACACGAGCCACAACACUUGCAGGUAGAAGUGAGCAGAGCAAAGGACUACAACUUCAAGACAACAUCAAGAUGGACAGACAAGUUGCACUUGAAGCUUUGGGUGCAGUUUGCAAUGCCCAGAUCACUUCUGUUCAAAACCAAAGAGCAGGAGGUCACGAUGGAGUUUUCCAAAGAGCAAGCUUUCCCAGCUCAGCAGCAUCAACACUGUCUGUAAACGGUCUCAUUUGUGCAAUCGCAGAUGGAGAUCAAACCUGCCCAGUGUCAAAAAACAACUUUGCCAGAAUUCAACGUGUUCUGCAACAUGGAGGGCAAUCUUCAGACUCUGACACCUAUUUUCGAACUCCACCACAAGAAAGGUCUUUCAUCAUCGAUGAGGGCGAAUUCUUUGAUCCGACAUUUGACUACGAUUUCUCUGGUCUCCAAGACACAGAGACCUAUUACAGAGGCGGAGAGGUGUAUGAACGACCAAGUGGUUGGUACCGUUUUGCCCUCAAGGUCCUGAAUAAGUAUGAAGGAAAUACAUGGUUGGGAACUCGUUACCGAAGCACUGCAUCAGUGCCAGGGGAGUGGCCUGUGUCCUACCAUGGGACGUCUAAGGAAGGAGCUGGGGGCAUCAUCGAAGGAUUCUACAAGCCAGGUGCAGGUCAGGCCUAUGGCAGAGGAAUUUAUUCGACCCCUUACAUCAAUGAAGCUGUCCCUUAUGCCAAAACCUUCACUUCCCAAAAGAAUGGCAAGAGCUACCAAGUGAUUCUGCAAAAUCGGAUCAACCCACAGUACAGGCAGAAACACAACAAUGAUAGGUACUGGCUGGUUCCCAUCCCGUCUGUAUUAUCAGCUCAAGAAGAGCAGGAGAUAGUAGAACAGGCCAUCCGCCCUUAUGGUCUUCUGUUGAAGGAGGUCUAAAAGAGCAAGAAAGGUCCCAAAACCCCCACAAAUUUAACCUGAUGCACAUCAACUAGAAGCACAACCUGUUGUUGUCAGAUUAAAUGUGAAGAUGGAUGUGGGAAAAUGAUAUCACUGCUGUUUGCAUGUGUAUGAAAAGAUUAAACAAACUGCUUCAAACAUCUGCGUCUGUGAACUGAAAACUAUUUUUCUUGUUCAUUUUUCAGUGUUCAAUGUUGCAUUCAAUUAUGACUAAACGUGCUAUGUGUUCAUUACUUUUUAGACUAAAGCAUUCAGACCUUUCAGAAUGCAUAUUGAAGUGUCAUGGGUUAUUUCUUUUCCUCUGCUGAUUUUUUUUUUAUCCCUGUUGGGCACUAAAUUGGUCUCCUGUACUGAUUUUAGGCUCUAGAACUUCUGCUGUCUUCUGAUCUGCUCUGUGUGUUGAAGAUGCUUUCAGUUAUUGUGCUCCUGUUCUUUAGAACAAGCUCAGAUCAAGAACAACUGUGCACGUAUUCAAAAACAGAUUCAAAACCUUUUGUUCACCCAGGUUUCCACUUAAUAGGUUUUCUUUGGAGGUUUCUUCCUGUUAAAGGGGAAUUUUUCUUUCUUCGCCAGGUGCUUGCUUAUAGGGCAGGGGUAGGCAACUCCAGGCUUUGAGUGUCGGUGUGCUGCAGGUUUUAGGUGUGUUCUUGAUCCAACACAGCUGAUUCAAAUGGCUAAAUGACCUCCCCAACAUGUCUUGAAGUUCUCCAGAGGCCUGGUAAUGAACUCAUCAUUUGAUCCAGGUGCGUUGAACCAGGGUGAGAUCAAAAACCUGCAGGACACCGGCACUCGAGGCCUGGAGUUGGACCCCCCUGUUAUAGGGAAAUCAAUUAUCUUUAGGAGCUUUCUCUGUGUUAUUAUAGGGUUUUACAAUACAACAAAAACCUUACAAGAAAAAAGGCAUUGAGGUGAUCUUUGACAUCAACAAGCUUUCGAAAUGAUUCUGGUUAGAUAUUUGAUUGCUGUUCUUUGCAGAAUUGGUAUAGUUCAUUUACAUUGGUUGGGUUCCUGGAGGGGGCCCAGCUUUCCAGCAUGGUCCACAAUAUUCAAUAGGGCCAUAGGGUUAGGUUUGAGGUCAGGGCUUUGGGAAAACUAUUCCAGGAGGCUAAUGUUACCACUUUUUAUCCAUUCCAAAAAACAGUUUUAAUGUGUUUUUUUGGAUCUUUGUCCAGUUGGAACGCCCAACUGUGCUCAAGUUUCACUUGCCACAUCUUUGAUGCAGAGUUGAAGAAUUUGGAGGUAGUCCUCUUUCUUCAUUUUUCUACCCACUUUGUGCAAUAUACUGGUACCACUCGCAGCAAAACAAGCCAGAGUAUGACACUCCCACUACCUUGCUUGAAACGUCACCUUUACUUCUCCAAACAUACCUCUUGUCAUUUGUCAUUGUGUCUCCAGAAGAAAUUUGGCUUGUUCAUGUGAGUAAUUGAAAGUUUCAGUUGAGCUUGAUGGUGUGGAAUCUGGAGCAGGGGUUUUCUUAUUUUGUCAGCACCCUCUCAAUCCAUGGUGAUGUAAAGCUUGUGUCUUUGCGGACACUGACACUAGUGUUCUGGCAUUUUCCAGUUCGUGGGAGGCUCUAACUUUGGUGGGUCUUGGGCAUUAACUGGACAUCCUAACCAUCAUUUUUUAUUUUUUAUUUUUUUUAAAUUAAUGUCAUAGCAAAGUGGUGAUAUAUCUGAAUAACUCAUAAUUUCAUACAACUGUUUCAACUAAUCUUGAAAUCUGCAGUUGUUUAGAAAUUGCUCUAAGGGACCUGGUCAACCUGUGUGAUUCUGUAAUUCUCCUUUUUAGAUCUUCACUGUUAAGAGAUUUUUACAUUUACUUACUUUGAUAACCUUUAUUUUGCUUAAGUAUAAUUUCUUGUGAAAACAUGAUGUGCCUGCAACCUACAGAUUAAGGAACAGAAGCAUGCGUGAGGAAGUUACAAAGUAACACACUCUCAGGCAGAGACAGUUCCAACCUGAAGCUGAUAUGACAAAAGAUACUAGUUCCUCUUGUCUUAUGGAUAACGGCCACUCAUGCGAUAACCAUAUCUAGAGAUGUUUUUCUAUUACGUAUGCUCCACCUAGAGAUGCUGUGUAAUCUAUUCUCUGCUAUAAAAUAAAGAACGGACUGAGGCUCUGCGCGACUUGCCUGUGUCUUGCCACGCAGUAAGCCUCGCCCAUGUACAUGCCA